AUGUCUACUCGUCCUCAAAACAUCGGCAUCAAGGCCAUUGAAAUUUACUUCCCAAGCCAGUGUGUUGCUCAAGAAGAACUCGAGAAAUUCGAUGGCGUUAGUGCAGGAAAAUACACAAUUGGUCUUGGUCAAACCAAGAUGAGCUUCUGCGACGAUAGAGAAGAUAUUUACUCUUUUGCCUUGACCGUUACCUCUCGCCUCCUCAGCAAGUACAACAUUGACACCAAAACCAUUGGACGUCUUGAGGUCGGUACAGAGACUCUUCUCGAUAAAUCGAAAUCUGUAAAAUCAGUUCUUAUGCAAUUAUUUGGAGAUAACUCGAAUAUUGAGGGAAUUGACACUGUUAAUGCAUGCUACGGUGGUACCAACGCGGUUUUCAACGCUGUCAACUGGGUAGAGUCGUCUGCAUGGGAUGGCAGAGAUGCAAUUGUGGUUGCUGGAGAUAUUGCUUUAUAUGCCAAGGGUGCUGCGCGUCCAACCGGGGGUGCUGGAGCUGUUGCCAUGUUGAUUGGACCAAAUGCUCCAGUUGUUGUCGAGCCAGGUCUUCGUGGAACCUAUAUGCAACAUGCCUACGAUUUCUACAAGCCAGAUCUUACAAGCGAAUACCCAAUCGUUGACGGUCACUUCUCUUUGAGAUGCUAUACCGAAGCAGUUGAUGCUUGCUACAAGGCAUAUAACAAGAGGGAACAAACUCUCAAGCCCCUGGCUAACGGACAUACCAAUGGUGCCGUCGCUGAGGAAUCAACAAAGACUCCUAUUGAUCGUUUCGACUACAUGUCUUUCCACGCCCCAACCUGCAAGCUCGUUUCCAAAUCAUACGCCCGUAUGCUCUACAACGACUACCUUGCCAACCCAACCGCAUCAGCCUUUGCUGAUGUACCAGCUGAGUUAAGGGAUAUGGAUUACGCAAAGUCUUUGACCGACAAGGUCGUCGAGAAGACAUUCAUGGGAUUGACCAAGAAGCGUUUCAAUGAGCGUGUUCAACCCAGUAUUCAAGUCCCAACAUUCUGUGGAAAUAUGUACACUGCCAGUGUUUAUGGUGGAUUGGUUGGUUUGUUGAGCAACGUUGAUAGCGCCACCCUCCAAGGAAAGAGAAUUGGUGUUUUCAGUUACGGAAGUGGUUUGGCUGCAAGUUUGUUCUCCUUGAAGAUCAACGGCUCCAUUGAGACCAUGGCAAAGGCCUUGAACUUGCAAGAAAGACUCGACGCUCGCAGAACCGUCGCCCCAGAAGUUUACGAAGAGUUUUGCGCUCUCCGCAAGGAAGCCCAUCUCCAAAAGUCAUACACACCCAAGGGUAGCCCUGAUACCAUUGCCGAGGGUACCUACUACCUCAAGAGCGUUGACGACAUGUUCCGCAGAGAGUAUGAAAUCAAGGCAUAA